UAUAUAGUAAGAAUCUAGGGCUCUGGCGGCUAGGGUUUUGGUGCGUGUGUGUCGAAAAUGGUUCUCUCCAACGACAUCGAUCUCUUGCAUCCGCCGGCGGAGCUGGAGAAGCGCAAGCACAAACUCAAGCGCCUCGUCCCCACUCCCAAUUCCUUCUUCAUGGACGUGAAAUGCCAGGGAUGCUUCAACAUCACGACUGUCUUCAGUCACUCGCAGACGGUGGUGUUUUGCAGCAAUUGCCAAAACGUUCUAUGCCAGCCCACCGGAGGAAAGGCUCGUCUCACAGAAGGCUGCUCCUUCCGGAAGAAGAGCGACUAGAACACCAGCAACGAGGCAUCAAAACCAAAGUAACGAUGCGUAGAGCACUAGCCGUGUGUGUUUGUUCCCUUCACAUGUGUAAUAGAAAGUAGCCCAAUUUUGCUUCAAUGGAUUGGGAUUUUUCUCGAA